AUGCCGCAAUUUGAUUUGAUACUUAUGACUUACACAAAACUAUUCCUAUCUUUGGUCGACAAGAAGCACAUUCAAACUAGACCUCCUUCCCCUGUUCCAGAGAAACUUCCAUAUUGGUACAAAGCUGACCAAUUUUGCGCCUACCACCAAGGGGCACCCAGACAUAAUUUAGAAGACUAUUAUGGCUUGAAGUCUGAUGUCCAAAGAUUGAUCAAAAAUGGCAUUCUAUCUUUCGGAGAUGUCAAUCCAAAUGUACAAGUCAAUCUUCUACCUCAACAUGGAGGAACUUCUAUCAACAUGGUGGAAGGUUGUCCUGGAACUUUCAGAGUUUACGAUGUACGUUAUUUAGAAGGAGAUUUGGUUGAGAUGCACCUUAAAUUGGGUGAGCUCAUCCAUAUGACACCACAUAACUAUGCGGCUUGCAGACUUUGUCAUAAAACUCUUAGUGGCUGCCGUAUAGUAAGACAAGAUUUAAAUCUCGAGAAUGAUGUCAAUGUUAUAAUCCCUCAGUUUAAUAUUCCUGAACCUUUGGAGAUUACAUUCGAUAGUCACAACUCUAAGAUUUCUCCUUUGGUUAUCUAUUUACCAGGUCCAACUCCAUACCAAUCUAACCAAGCCAUACCCUACAAGUACCAAGCUACCAUGAUUAACGAUGGAAAGGAGAUUCCUCUACCAUCUAUGCCUUUCGUCGUUAACAUUGCCAAUGUAGGUGGGGUCACGAGAAGCAGACGUGUAUUUACUACAAUACCGCCAAGAAAUAUUGAAGUUUCAGUUGGGAAGAAAACGCAAGUUAAGGCGUCGAUUGUGAAUAAUAAACCUGAUGUUUUGGGAGAGUCCAAUGGGGCUAAUAUCAACUCAAAAUUUGAGGAGGCUCAUAAGAAGGCUCUACAAAAGGUUCUUGAGCAAGCUUAUGUCGACCAUGACGUAAUUGACCAAUUUGACAACAUCGCCGCCAACAUAACUGCCUGCAAUAAUUUGAGUUUCAGUCAUGAAGAACUCCCAGUAGAAGGCAAGAAUCACAACAUGGCUUUGCAUAUUUCCAUUAAUCCCCUUACCGAUUCUCUAUCUGGUGUGUUGGUGGACACAAGUUCUUCAGUCAAUGUCAUGCUAAAAUCAACCUUGUCUAGGUUGACUUUUCAAGGAGCUCCUAUGAGGUCUAGUGGGGUUAUUGUUAAAGCUUUUGACAACUCCAGAAAGAUUGUCAUUGGCGAGAGGCUUAAGUUUGUAAGGAAGGGGAAGCUAGUCACAGUAUGUAGAGAAGAAGCUUUAGUGGUGAGUCACCUAUCAUCAUUUUAUUUCGUCGAUGCCGAGGACGAGGUUGGAACCCAAUUUCAAACUCUAUCUAUUGCUGACAAGAAUGUACAAGAGAAUGGAGCUUCCAUUUGUUCCUUUAACGAUGCACGACAAUUAGUUGAAGAUGGUUCAGUAGGUGGAUGGGGACAAGUUAUGAGUCUCCCUGAAAACAAAUUUCGUGAAGGCCUUGGCUUCUCACCUACAUCUUCAAAGGUUGCUCAACAAGACAUAGUUCUCCGUCAUAUUCAAGAGACUUUCCUAAGUGGAGGAUUCAUCAACCCUACUCAAUCUGAAACAAAUGUUGUCAUAGAAGAGAACCCCGAAGAGGAGGCACAAAGCUUCGUGGAGAACGAGAUGGUAUGCCAAAAUUGA